CUUUUCUUUUUUGUAGGCGUAGGAAGGCGAUACUCCGAGCAAGGCGCUCUCGCACACACACUCACACUCGAGCACACACAAAGAGCGGAGAGAAUGAAAACUACGCGACAGUAGUCGGUGUAACUAAAUCGAUCUCGAAACGAUAAUAUAACGAGCUUAACUAUAUCGAGUUACCGUCCGGCUCGUUUAUAAAAAUAUUGCGACAUAUAUUUUUUUCAAACGCGCGCGAGUAACGGCGCGAAGUGUUACGACGGGGGUCGAUAAGAUUUCGCACCAUCGAGGAUGAUGCCCAGAAAUUCUUCGCCGAUUAUCGAGAAGGAGAUAGUUUGUACCUACAAGAUCAAACUAGAACGCGUACUAGGGGUGACUGUAUCAAGUAAUGCAGCUUUGGCUACCGACAACAACGGCAUCAUCGCCUAUCCCGCUGGUUGCACCGUAGUACUGUUCAACACGAAAACCGAACAGCAGAAUCACAUCAUCAACACCAAUAGGAAAACCAUAACGUCUCUAGCGUAUUCGUCAUGUGGAAGAUACAUAGUAACAGGAGAAUGCGGUCAUCAACCGGCUGUACGGGUGUGGGACCUGCAAUCGGAACUCCAGUCCAGUCAUCCCGGGCUCGCCCCCCAACCCCAACAAGUCGCCGAAUUUAUUGGUCACAAAUACGGCGUGAAUUGCGUGGCAUUUUCGUCUACGAGCAAAUACGUCGUGAGCGUUGGGACGCAGCACGACAUGAUAGUCUGCGUCUGGGACUGGAGAAACAACGUCAAGGUAGCCAGCAACAAGGUCAGCACCAAAGUAAAGUCGAUCGCAUUUGCGGAAAAUGGCAGCUACUUCGUCACCGUGGGUAACCGGCACGUGAAAUUUUGGUUCUUGGAGCAGGGAAAAACCAAAUAUAAAGAAGCCGUACCUCUCAUGGGUCGAUCUGCGAUUUUGGGCGAGCAACGGAACAACUACUUCUGCGACGUCGCGUGCGGCAGAGGCGAGUCCGGGGACAGUACUUACGCGAUCACCAGGUCGGGAUUGUUGUGCGAGUUCAACAACAGACGUUUGCUCGACAAAUGGGUGGAGUUGAGGACGACCAGCGCCAAUUGCAUAACCGUUGGGCAAAACCAUAUUUUCGUGGGAUGCGCUGAAGGCAUUAUCAGGUGUUUCGAUCCCUCCACCCUCAGGUUCAUCACCACCCUGCCCCGGUGUCACUAUUUGGGUGUGGACGUGGCUUUAGGAACCAAUAUACAGCACAUGGCUUCCCCACCUCCGGACGCAAAGUAUCCCGACACAAGAGCUAUCACUUUCGACGAGUCUAACCAUAAACUAACAGCGGUGUAUAACGAUCAUUCGAUAUAUAUUUGGGACGUUUCGAAUAUCAGGAGGGUCGGAAAGUCGUGUUCGUUUCUGUACCACUCGGCUUGCAUUUGGGGCGUCGAGAUGGCGCCACCGAACAGCCCAUUGCCGCCCGGCUCCUUUUUAACUUGCAGCUCCGACGAUACGAUCCGAGUUUGGACUCUCGACAAGCUCAACGAGAAAACUACCAAAGGAAUGUACCAGCAAAAUAUCUAUAGCAAUGAAUUGUUAAAAGUAGUUUACGUGGACAAAGAUCUGUCUUACAUCAAAGAUCUCGACAUGUCCGGCACGAUAUCAAACGAGAAGCAACCGGAACAGACGACCUACGACGGAAAAAACGGAGUCAGGUGCAUUAAGGUCAGUCCGGACGGUAAACACUUAGCUUCCGGCGAUCGGUCGGGUAACAUCAGGAUCCACGACACGGCCACCAUGAGGGAACAGUUCAAAAUCGAGGCCCACGACUCUGAAGUGCUGAAUCUAGAGUACUCGGCACCGGACUCGAACUACAGUUUAUUGGCGAGCGCGAGUCGCGACAGGCUCAUCCACGUUUUCGACACCAAACAGGGCUACGAUUUCGUUCAAACGUUGGACGACCACUCCUCCAGCAUCACGGCGGUUCGGUUUUUGAACCACUCCAACAAUAUCCAGAUGGUGUCGUGCGGGGCGGACAAGAGUCUCAUAUUCAGGUCGCUGGGAGAGGUAAACGGUAAAGUUCAGUUUGUGAGAGACCACAACGCCACCGGAAAGACCACCCUGUACGAUAUGGAGGUGGACACCGGCCAGAAACACAUCCUCACCGCUUGCCAGGACCGUAACGUCCGCAUUUAUAGCGUAAACACCGGCAAACACACGAAAACGUUUAAAGGGAGCACCGGCGACGACGGUACCUUGAUAAAAGUGGUUCUGGACCGGUCCGGGAUAUAUCUGGCGACGUCGUGCACCGACAAGUCCCUCUCGGUAUACGAUUACUAUACGGGCGAGUGUAUGGCAACUAUGUGCGGCCAUUCGGAACUCGCGACUGGUUUGAGGUUCACCAACGACUGCAAGAGAUUGAUAUCAGCGAGUGGUGACGGAUGCGUGUUCGUAUGGCGCGUGCCCCACGACAUGAUGAUCACGAUGCACGCGCGUCUAAGUCAACAGGCGAUGCGUCAAGGCAAAUCUCUCGAGAGCGAGGUGUUCAACGACAGUACAAAUUUCGACUUUUACGAUGGGAAGGCAACAGCCGAAGGGGGAUACCGAUUCAGCAUUGGUCAGUUGCCUCAGUGGGCCAAGAAACAACUGGCCGAAGAUUCUAGUCAGCCGAGCGCUCUUCCGAAGAACGUGGCCCCGCCGAAGGGCCGCUGGGCCCAGAGGGCGGAAAACACGUUCGGGGUGCAGGCUUUUUACUCGGCCAACCCCUUACAGAUUCCCGUUAUCGACAAACGGUUGGAUUCGGACGGGUCCAAGGACAGUUCGCUGGACAGCGGUACCGAGGUUAAACAAUACAACGAAACAAGGCGCGAGCCCGCUAUGUUGACUAAGCUGCCGCCGACCGUAACCAUUAGGGAUAAGACAAUGAGGGGGAUGAUGACCGACGACAGCGCCAUAGGCGACGUGGAAUCUACCGCGCAUGACGGCGACAUCGAUUCGGAUAACGAAUACGGGCGAAACGUGUUAUACUAUCCGUCCAGGGUCGGUUCGCCCAAUGGCGCCGAGUUUCCCGUCACCAACAUCGACACGGAAGAACUGAGAAAGUCACAGAGGAAGAAAAAGUUGCCGCAGAUCGUCGUACAGCGUCAGCCGUUGCCCGCAUCUUACGGGUCCAAUGACAGCGACGACGAGGACGAUGACGCAUCGACCCCUAGCGGCGAGAACACGGACCGAAAUCCGAUGUCUCUGUUCUCCGUCAGUUCGGAAUCGCUGGACCAGUUGGUGAACCGCGAGCGGUAUCUACAAUCGACUUUCGAGAGUAUGUCCGGUGCCGAUCCAGAACUGAUACCAAGUGGGUAUCCGCUUAGAAUUUCGUCGUCUUUAGUUGACGCGUCGCAUUUUCCUUUAGCUAACAAGUCCUCCAUAUCGUCGAAAUUCCUGACGAACAGUGGGAACAGAAAUAUAGAGGCGAUAAAUGCGGUGAAGCAGACGAGAACGGAUCCGGAGGCGAUCAGGAAACGUCAGGAGCUCAACAAGAGGAUUGCGGAGACGAAAAAGAAGUUAGAAAGCGUGGGUCACUCUAGUCAGUUGAAGUACAGCAAAUCGACCCAGGACCUGUCCCACAUUCCGGAACGGGACCAGUGGUCCAAAAAACCAGUUCAUGUAGAGGAUUCUAGUCCCGAUAGCAGUUUGAGACGGUCGUGUAGCUUGAGCGAUCUCAGCAUGCAGGCUCCGCUCAUUUCAAAGAGGAAAAUCGAACAAGUGGCGGGAAAAAAGGUGUCGUCGCGAAUGACGCCGAGACAAGUCAAAAGCCAGUCGAUGAUGAGGAGCAAGUCUAGCGUAGUGCUGAACCAUCAAUCCGACUCAGACGACAACCAGGAGAAGAAAGUCAGCAGGCUGAUGCGUCCCACGAUCAGCUCUUACAACAAAAUCAGCAACAAGUCGUUGCAGAGUCGAAAGAAGCAGUCUUAUUCUACGAGCAACUUGAAUACUCUGGGAGUCGAGCCGCUGUCCACCUCCGAUAGCGAGCUCGAAACCAAGAAGCCGUCGGCACCACCGAGACCUAGCAGGCAGCAACUGAACCACGAAAACGGACAGGCUUCGAAUAAUUCUAGACGGCACAUGAACAACAAGGACAAAGUCAGGGCCGCUUCUAGGCAUGACAACGCGCUGACGAAUGGAGACGUCGGCACAUCUAGCGAGAGCGUAGAUUUGUCGUCGAUCGAGUUUUCGAAUGAGCUUUGCGAGGAAAUGAGCAAGCAACUUGUGGCGACCGCCGAAGCUGUCGUAAAAAUAUACAACUGUCUGAAGGGAAGCGAAGAAGCUGAGGAACCCCAUCCCGAGGCGAUGGACUGCGUCAAAAUGUCAAUAAUCAGAACGCAUAAGAUGAUCCACGAUUGCAUCCUCAACGAGUUGAAGCAGAACAACGUGGACGUGAACCAGACGGACGCGAUCAAGAAACUCAACGAUCUGGUGUCGAAGGGCUGCGGCAGCGCGGGAUUGGUGAUCGAACUGAUGCAGCAGUAUUCGGACAUUUUGCUCGACAUGAUGCAACAGAAAAUACACAGCGCGAACCUUUGAUACGGCCACGGCAUCUGUUUCGAACUGUCGGUGUGAUUCGAGCAUCACAAAAGUCGAGAUUGCUCAAAAAUUUCCAUUCUGAUUCGAGUUAGAGAUUAUAGGAAUCGCGAGGGGAAGAUUUUGCGGUUUACGAUAACUAAUGAUACUGUGAUUAUUCUACAUUUUAAUUAAACUAGGGUUAACAUAUGCGCGUAGUCUCUCGAUUAAAUUAAGUGCAAGAUAUCUCGGCUUUAAUAUCGUAGUUAGGGUGUGUUUGUUAUUGAAAUUUUUACUACUCGGUUUGUGUAUCGCGCUGGAAGCGAUAUCAAAUUGCGCUUCCGACGCCGUGUUCGAGAAUAAUCGGCAGCUUCGUGUCCGUCGUUUUUCCGCGUCGAUUACUAAAAUUAAGUACCAUUCCAUUACAAAAGGGCUGUUAUAAAAUAUAGAUUAAUUAGAAAGCCAAAACGGUAGGACGAUCGAGCCAAACUAGAUUGUAAGUACGAAACGUCGAGCGUUCCGUAAACAGGAAUUUAUUAAAACGUUGUGGAAUUGCCCGAGCUUCCAAUAUUCGUACGUUCCCGUAUAGAAACAGGGUGAAUUGAAAUUGGUGUGACGCUUUGCGAGUGUUGCAGCCGUGUUUGUGACGGUUUCGGUAGAAUCAUACUUUAUUGUCGUCUUAUUGUUUUUUUUUUAUUUCGAAUCGGCUUAAUUCUAUCUGUUAAUUUAAACCAAACGAUUUUUAACCUCAUUUUACGCCACAUUUUUAUCUUUUUGUCUAUGUUUAAGUCGAAAGUUUUAUUGUGUACAGUUCUUUUUUUUUGUUUUGAUAAAUGGUUUACUUUUAAAUUUGAUAUUUUUUAACCAACGUGCGGCUGAAUAUGUCAAUUUUUUAUAGUAAUAUUAAGUAACUAAACUGAUUGUUGAAUAUUCGUAACAUUUGGACUGUAUUAAUGUAAUUUA